GAGCAACCACCUAUAGAGUUAAUAACAACAUUGAGAGAGGUAAAUUAAUAACUACAUCAUACUUUGAAUAGCACACAUUGUAUUCUUACACGUGUUAGCAGCAACAUUGAGACGAAUUUCAUAUAGCCACUCUCACACACAACAGAUUAACUGGAGAGAGUAAUAUUUCAUCAAGUAAUUGUGCUGUACAUUGUUUCAUUGAAAUCUAGAUUAUCCAUCAUCAUCACCUUCAUCAAUUAUUAAUUACAGCAAGAAUCAAUAAUUAAUAAUAUAUUCACUUCACCACCUCUCUACUACAACAUCACUACUUUAACCUAAUAACAAUAAUGAAUAAUAAUUUAAUGAUGAAUCAUAAUAACAAUACUCAAAGAUCAUCUCCUCCAUCUUCCACUAGUUCUCCUCUCACGCCUCAAACCCUACUACAUAAUAAUAAUAAUAACAAUGGAAUGAUGUUUAAUGAUCAAAGUAUGCCUCCUCCUUCAUCAAUUUCCCCUGGUGGUAAUAGUAAUAAUAUUAAUGUAUUUUCAACUCUUCAACAAAUAGCCUCCUCUAAUCCAAAUAGUCAAACUAUGCAACUACUCAAACAUAUACAAACAUUACCACCCAAUCUACAACAAUUAUAUUUACAAAGACUAUUACAACAAUUGAAUCAAUUAAAAACCACAUCAUCGGGUGAUGGAAAUAUUGUCCAAUCUCCUAAUAAUACCACGAAUCAUAUGAUGUUAGCAAACAAUAAUAACAAUAACAUUGCCUCUACGGCAGUGACGAGAAAUAAUCAAUCAAACUUGACAAUGAAUGCAGCAGUGACACAAAACCCAUUAUCCUCUUCGAAUACUCCAACCAUUGAUCAAUCAUCAUUACAUAUUUCAAGUAAUGGUAAUUCAUUUCAUGUUAAUAACAAUAAUAAUGGUGCCACCAUUGGUCCAGGUGGUAUCCUGAAUCUUGUCAAUAAUUCAUCAACAGUCUCAACUCAACCUUCUUCCACAACAAUGACAUCACUCAAUGUAAAAAACAAUAGUGGAAGUGGACUUUUCGACCUGACCAUGUUUUCUAAUCAAGCAACAGCCAAUUCUAAAAAUCCUGUACUUCAGAAUCUUUCCAAUGAUAUUCUGCUUAAAUUAUAUCAACAACAAAUGCAAUCACAACAUCCUUUUAAUCACGGAGACAAAUUUGUAUUUGAACAACAAACUUUUGAAUAUCAAGUGGAAACUUUAGAUGAUUUACUGAAAAUUGGUAUUGGGAGAUGGAAGAAUUUAAUUCAAAGUAAUUUAGUUAAUAAUCAACAACAACAACAACAACAACAACAAUUAAUAUCAUCAAAUGGUAAUAUGACAAUGAAUAAUGUUGUCAUGACUAGUAAUAAUAAUAAUAACAAUAAUAUGGGUAUUAAUAGUAUGAAUAACAAUAUUAUGAAUGGUAUGAAUGGUACAAUAGUAACAACAGCAACGAAUCAACCAGUCUAUAUAGCGCCUGGUAAUUCUGCUUUUCAGAAAUAUAUGAAAGAUUCUUUACAUGGUAGUGUACAAUAUUUUCCACAAAGACAAGUUGAUGGAAGUGUUAAGAUGAAUGAAUAA